CUGUCAUCAUCAGAUGAGGAACUGAGUCACAGUUCGCUGCAGUUGGCAAUCGAGGCGCAGACAUGUGUGGAAUUUUUGCCUAUCUGAACUACCACGUGCCACGGACUCGCCGGGAGAUCCUGGAGAUCCUCCUCAAAGGCCUGCUCCGUCUGGAGUACCGUGGCUACGACUCUGCCGGUGUUGGAAUUGAUGGAGGGAAUGGCAAAGAAUGGGAGGCUAAUGCCCGGUCUAUUCAGCUGAUCAAGCAGAGCGGAAAAGUGAAGGCUCUUGACGAUGAGAUCACCAAGCAGCAGGACAUGGACAUGGAUGUGGAGUUUGAUGUCCACCUUGGCAUCGCCCACACUCGCUGGGCUACCCAUGGUGCCCCCAGCCCUGUCAACAGCCACCCACAUAGGUCUGACAAGAGCAACGAGUUCAUUGUCGUUCAUAAUGGAAUUAUCACAAACUACAAAGACCUGCGGAAAUUCCUGGAGAGCAAGGGUUAUGAGUUUGAGUCUGAGACAGACACAGAGACCAUUGCCAAGCUGGUGAAGUACAUGUAUGACAACCGUGAGAGUGAAGACCUCAGCUUUGCUACUCUGGUGGAGAGAGUGACCCAGCAGCUGGAGGGAGCUUUUGCCCUGGUCUUCAAGAGUGUCCAUUACCCUGGGGAGGCUGUAGGCACCCGGAGGGGAGGUCCUCUGCUUAUUGGGGUGAAAAGUGACCACAAGCUGUCCACAGAUCACAUUCCUAUCCUGUACCGAUCAUCUGGUAAGGACAAGAAGGGCUGCCCCACCCUGCCCAGGAUGGAGCAGGACACCUGCCACACACUCUUUGCUGAGGACAAGAAGUCUGUGGAGUACUACUUUGCCUCUGAUGCCAGCGCGGUGAUUGAGCACACCAACCGGGUGAUCUUCCUGGAGGAUGAUGACGUGGCAGCGGUGACGGACGGACGGCUCACCAUCCACCGCAUCAAGCGUACAGCCGGAGACCACCCUGCCCGCGCCAUCCAGACCCUGCAGAUGGAGCUGCAGCAGAUCAUGAAGGGUAACUACAGCUCCUUUAUGCAGAAGGAGAUCUUUGAACAGCCAGAGUCUGUGGUCAACACCAUGAGAGGAAGGGUCAACUUUGAUGACAACACGGUAAUCCUGGGUGGACUGAAGGAUCACAUUAAAGAGAUCCAAAGGUGUCGACGGCUCAUCCUCAUCGCCUGUGGCACCAGCUACCAUGCUGGGGUGGCGACUCGCCAGGUAUUGGAAGAGCUGACUGAGCUGCCUGUUAUGGUGGAGCUGGCCAGCGACUUCCUGGAUAGAAACACACCAGUGUUCCGAGACGACGUCUGCUUCUUCAUCAGUCAAUCAGGUGAGACAGCAGACAGCCUGAUGGCCCUGCACUACUGUAAGGAGAGAGGAGCCCUGACGGUUGGUGUUACCAACACAGUGGGCAGCUCCAUCUCCAGAGAGACCGACUGUGGGGUGCACAUCAACGCUGGGCCAGAGAUAGGAGUGGCCAGCACCAAGGCCUACACCAGUCAGUUUGUGGCUCUGAUCAUGUUUGCGCUGUUGAUGUGUGAUGACAGGAUCUCCAUGCAACCACGGCGACGUGAGAUCAUCCAGGGCCUGAGAGUUCUGCCAGACCUGAUCAAGGAGGUGCUGAGUCUGGAUGAUGAGAUCCAGAGACUGGCCACAGAGCUGUACCAGCAGAAGAGUGUUCUCAUCAUGGGCCGAGGCUACCACUAUGCCACCUGCUUGGAGGGAGCACUGAAAAUCAAGGAGAUCACGUACAUGCACUCAGAGGGCAUCCUGGCCGGGGAGCUGAAGCACGGCCCUCUGGCCCUUGUCGACAAACUCAUGCCCGUCAUCAUGAUCAUCAUGAGAGACCACACCUACACCAAGUGUCAGAACGCACUGCAGCAGGUGGUGGCCCGCGCGGGCCGACCCAUCGUGAUCUGUGACAAGGAUGACUACGAGACCGCCAAGAGCUCGAGCCGCACCAUCAAAGUGCCGCACUGUGUGGACUGUCUGCAGGGCGUCCUGAGUGUCAUCCCCCUGCAGCUGCUCUCCUUCCACCUGGCCGUGCUCAGGGGCUUUGAUGUGGAUUUCCCAAGGAACCUGGCCAAGUCUGUGACGGUAGAGUGAAACAUGCCAUUUGAAGCCCAAAAACCCAAUUUCAUCUCACAUACAUAUACACACACUGUGCAGGAACAGCUGUCACACAUGGAUACCAAGAAGAACCGAGAGAGCACACUUUCCUGUUUUAUAUGUUGUAAUUUUUUUAUGCAAUUGUUACUCUUGUACUCUAAGCAUUCUGUCGCUUCUCUCAAAACACACAUUUGAAGGCAUUGUUAUGAAUUGUAUUGUUUUUUUGUCAAGUGUGGCAAGGUAAGGGUUGGCAGUAAUGUUGGCAUUUAGGUGCUCCCAUGGGUUACUGGACUGUAUGCAGUUAAUGAUCCAACUAAAGGAAAGACUGAGCUCUUUUGGAUGAUGCCCAACACUGCUCAUAACUGGAAUGUGCAUGUCUUUUCAAUGUUGAAUACUUGCUGCUGGUUUUACAGUUAAUUCAGCUGUUUGUUGGCUGAAGAGUCAAGAGAGUCUGUAUGAAAAUCUUACUGAAGUUACUGGUUAUUUUGGUGUUUCAUUGGUGCAGUGAUUUGCGGUCUAUUGGGAUCAGUUUUCUUUGGCAGCUAGAACAUCUAUAACCGUCAUUUGAAAUGUUUGUCUGUUACUCUUGUGUAUGUUGAGUGAAGUCUUAAAUCAUUCCGAGUCGUCAUAGUCCUGACUCUAAAUCUGAAGUGCUUCCAAGAAGAAAGUGUCCGUUAAGUCAUGCUUUAGUCUACUGACCAGUUCCAGAGACUAUUGAGAUCUCCUCAUUGUUUUCCUCGUAUUGCCAUAAUGACAAAUUAUAUUGAUUUGUAACUUGUAAAUGUUUUGAAUGUUUUAUAGUACAAUAUGAAACGUGCAACAGACUUGCUUGUGUACACUAUUAUGUAACUUUUUUGUUUUUAGUCAUUGGCUAGGUUAGAAAAGCAACUUUGCUGUGACUUAACAAACUCUUGCCUAAACCAUGUUGAGCAUCUGAAUGAUUGACUGUCCUGGCAUAAUAAUCAUGCUUUAAAAUUGUAACAGUUA